AUGCUCUCAUCACGUGAGCGUCUACAGGAACGUCAAGGGCAAUACGCGGCGCCACGUCACGAGUACUUGCAACAAUUGGUGGACGAGUUCCAGCGCUCGCCAGACAUUCUUCGGAAGGAGGAAAUCGUUGCAAACUUGGGCAAUUUCGCCUAUGACCCCAUCAACUACGCGUCUCUCGGUCGUCUACGCCUUAUGGAUCUGUUCCUCGACAUCUUAGAUGCCGAUCAAGAAGCCAAAGACUCCAACAAAGAGUCCAAGGCGUCGCAACAAGGACCCAUCAUAGAAUCCUUACCAAGUCUUUCACGGAAGCACAAACUGGUGGAAUUUUCACUGGGAGGAAUCUGUAAUUGCAUCCCUGACCCUCCACUGCAACAGCAAUUCAUCGAGGGCGAUGGAGUGGAGAUCGUAGCGCCCUACAUCCUCGAAAUCUCGCUCGAGAACGAGCCAACGUCGUCUUCGGAGCAAAACGUGACGCUCUCCGCUCUAACUAUCGCGUAUUUCCUGUUAGAUUCAACCGCAUUCGCCAACAUCACGUCCGACAGGUUCAUGACCAAGAUGCAGUCGCUCCAAAGUCAUCGCAAUGUUCAGAUAGCCAACACAGCGGCAGCAUUCCUCCAUCGCAGCCAGGAGCUCCUCGAUACGACGAAGUAA